ACGUCUCAGCUCUCCGGCUAACCAUUCUUUAUAUUAUAACCUCGUUAAGUUGAGUGACGUAAAACAUUCUCAUACCUAAACGUGUAUAGUGGAUGUAUCGAGGACGUUGCAACGCUUCAUCGGUCCCUGUGAUUGCAAACUCGUAGGAUAACCUUGCUUGGUGCAUUUAUUAUUCAGUGGCUGCGCUGAACUAUGGCCAGGAUGGCGCCCUUUGCAGGUAAUCAUGAGGAUUCCAAGCACCACUGACAACGGAAAUGUAGUGUUGAACAGUUCCAACGUUAAAUCUCGUAAUAUAAACAAUAGACGCUACUUCGCGUCUCAGAACAACAGCAUCAUCACAAACACAGACGAAGAGGAUAACAUCCAAUUUACAAACAAUAAUAUACUAACUAACGACACUCUCUUUAACGAAACUGUGAAUGUACUAUCCAAAACCACGUCAGAGGAGAAUUACGAGAUUAAAAUAUGCAACAAACAAUAUAGAUUGAACAACCAGAAUCUAAUAACAAGACUCAGAGAAAAUGAAAAUCAGAACUCUAACCAGCCGACAGAUGUGAAUUGGGAUGAAAACUGCAUAGACAAAGCAAAUGAUUCCACGAACUCAACGCCAGCAGACGAAGAACGUGCGUUCGAGAUAUCUGACUCAGAUGAAAUGUCUGAAAAAAGUGUCCAUCCUGUACCCAGAGGAAUUGUGAAUCCAAACUACCCUGGCUUUCAACACUUAGCACAUACGUUACAGGAGUAUUCUUCAAACAUUGGAUCUUGCUACAAUUCGGAAAAUGAAAUGACGGACGAGGAUUUGGACGUCGAAAUAAGUGAUUCCACGUGUAAUUUUAACCGAAAUGUCGCGGAUGAUGAAUUUAAAUACAUUAACAACAACAAACAUUUUGAUGAAUGCAAGACAGAUACAAAAUUGAAAAAUAUUUCGUUUUUAGAAAUGAAUAAAUCUGAUAUAAAAUCUAAUAAUGAUGAUAUGCCAGAUCUUUUAAAAACGAUCUCCCAAAAUAACAACAAUAUUGAUUCAGUUAACUAUGAUUUGAAUUGUUCAGCUAUUGAUAUUGAGAACAAUUUUCACACCAAGGAUAUUAUAGGUGACUUUAACAAAGAAAUAGAAGAUGAAAUAAAGCAAUUACUAAAUUAUAAUAUAAAUAUAGAAGAUGAUCUUGAAGACUUAAGGAAUGAUAUAAAAGAAAAUUUUUCUAAACCAAUAGAAAACACUAUUAAUAAUAUAAGCGAAGUCGUUAAUCAUGUUAUCAAAAAACUAGUGGAAAAUGAUGGUAGCAUUAUAUAUGAUGUAGAGUCAGAUCAUAUAAAUGACCAUGAAAUGGAAGAUGUCACGGAUAUGAAUAAACAAAAUGAAAGUAACACAAGGACAGAAAUGAAUAUAAGCAGGCCAACAUUUUUAUUAAUUGAAAAUAAUAUUGAUAAUAAAAUAAAAGAUGCAAUAUUAUCAGACGGUAAAGAUGAAAUCAAUAUUUAUGAGGAAGAAUAUAACACAGAACAGUUAAGUAAUAAUGUUGAAAAUACGAUUAAACAAUUAAGUACCGAAUUAAGAAAAAUAAUACCAAAGUUAAAUGAAAUGCGCGAACGAGAUAAAUUAUGGAUUGAGAAUAAAAAAGAACUUGUGACCGAUAGCAACUCUAACAAUGUAGGUGCAGGAUUGUUAAAUACUAUUCAAAGUACAAGUAGUUUAUCUAUAAAGCAAGACAAUCUCAAGAGAAAUACACAAGAUAAGUUUAUGUCCACAAAUCAUCAGCGUUCGAUUAAAUCAUUUAUUGAUCCAAAAGUUCGUCACAGUGUGGCAAAAGCAUUUUCAAAAGCUCAAAAUAUUGCAUCCGUCCGUAAAAAUAUCGCUCAAAAGGAACCAGAUUUUGACAGCUUCGACGUGUAUAAUAUAGAAACAGCCUUGCCGAAGUUAGAUUUGGAUGCAAUUGAAAACCAUAUCAAAGCUGCGAAGGAAGCUGAGAGACGAAAACGCAAUGACAGAGAAGAGAUUAGGAAACGGUUAGCUAUGGGCGUUGAUACUGAGGAGUAUUACAGCUUAGGUCACAUUGACCGUCCGGGGAAGAAACCCAGUUUACACUCCAGACUGCAAAAUGGGAAAAAUCUACAAAUAUGCUUUAUGAACGAAACCGCCUCAGAUAAUGAAUCUCAAGCAUCUGACAUAGAGAGAAAUUUCAACUGCAAUAGUAAAAGUUCAUCACGAUCAAGUCUAUUUAGCAAGAACAGUUUCAACCAUCCUUACCAAACAAGACCAUUGUCUGUUAACAUUACUAAAAAUGAUAGCAAUACUCAGGGUGGUGCAAAGCUUCGUCCAACAUCACUAACAUUGAAAUCCACAAAAUCGCGUUCCACACAUUCACUGGGACAUAUUGAGUUGAAGGAGUCCGACUUCUUUGCUUUACAAGCUACUCUUCAAACUGAGGCCCGAAUAGCUCUGGCACAGGCGAAGGAAAUGGCACGAAUACAAAUGGAGCGAGAGCGUCACGCGCGUGCAGUAUCGCCAGUAACAGAGAUGUUGCAACGCAGUAUGGAGAAGGCGAACGCACCGCUCGCGCCCGACCGCCGCCGCGUGUCGCGCCACCUACUCACCGACAUGAACAUCGCGCAGUUGCAGGUCAUCGUGAACGAGUUGCACUCGCAGAUCGAGUCGCUGAACGACUCCCUGGUGAAGUUUCUGAUGGCACGAGACGAACUUCACAUGGGACAGGACUCCAUGCUCGUCGACAUCGAGGAUCUCACCAGAUAUUUAGGAGUUAAGGAGCAGACCAAAAAAACCAAAGGCACUACAAAGUCCGGUGUAAAGAGGCUCACGUCACUUGUACACAAAUAAGUACACUACACUACUCUAGAUGUAAUUGCAGUGUAUUAUGUGGAGUAUAUUAUUAACUUUAUGGGUCCCAUGUAUAGUCUUAAUAACUUAUGUAAUCUUAAAUCUAUCUUUCUGUAUUUAAUAUUUACUCUUGCUGUAAUAUUCAAUCUUAAGCCGGUUCCACCUUUGUAUCAUGUAGAUGGAUAAUACGCAGUCAUGCUGCAGAGAAGUUAUCAUAGAAGCGAAGUUGUCAUAGAACACAUCUGUUUGUAGUUAUUUUACUGAUCGCCACAUAGUAAAGAUACAGACUGAGUCUUUACAAGCAUCGUGUUGAAGCCGGUGAAACCCAUAAAAAAACAAACGUCACGCGUCUCCUUGCAAAUUUUUGUCGUAAUUUGUAUUUCAAAAUUUAACAUUUAACAACAAUUACGUAAAUUAAUAUAAUAAUCAAUAUCAAUAAAAAAUACUCCAUCUUUUUCAUUCAUCAUUAUUUAGUUUUUGUGAACAGUUUUUAAAAUAUUUAAAAACUUAAGCCUCCAUUUUUCUUGAAUAACAUUGAAAAUUACUGAUGCGACGCUCCUGUCGCACAGACUCGAGAAUGUAUUCGUUUUUGAAUUUUGUAUUUGUGACGACACCGUCGUGUUCCGUGCGCUCCAUCUGCCUAUUAUUGAUUAAUCUGUGCUGAUCGUAGAUAAACCCAGAAGAAAAAAAAUGCUGCAAGGGCUAAAUACACCGUUCUGAUAUGGUAUACGAUGUCCGUCCGUAAGUCCAAGAAAUGUUGAUGAAUGAGAUACAAAGCUUGAUAUGGUACGAAUGAUAUAGAUGUGGACCCGGCUUUAUGUAUUUCAAAACAAUUCUAUCGGUUCCUAAGAUUCGUUUCUUUAAAUACAAAACUAAAAAAGUAGCUACUCGUACAAUACUGCAGAAAUUACUUUUCUUACAACUAAAAUCUCUUUAAAAAAUCUUCUAAAUUUUUUGGAUGUACACAAGAUUUUAAUCUAAGUUGUUUGUUUUUAUAUGUGGUUAAUAAUAAUAAUAAUAAUUGAAGCUCAUUAUACCUACAUACAUACCUGCAAUAAAAAGUCAUGAAAGAUAACUACAAAUGAUAAAUAUAUCAUCGUUUUGUGAAAAUUAAAACAUUAAGUUAUAAUUCACAGUUUAAAGUUCGAAACAGCUAAAAACAAUAGUAAAAUUCAAGGAUAAUCAGACAAAUUCUAAAAAAAAGUUUUGAUAAGUAAUGUAUUUUCUAUAAUUCGAAACCAUAUUGUAUAGUAUUAUAGUCCAAAAUACACUGACUUUCCUCUUUCAUUAAAUUUUUACCAAUUUCAAUAUACAAAACUUGUGUUGGCACAUUGAGAAAAUAAUUACUUUUAUUAGUCUUAGUAUUUAUAUAAAAAGGAAACUUAGUAAACUGGAUUAAAUUUCUAUAUAAAUCGCGAUCUCUUAUUUCAAUGAUUGUAAAAAGUAAUUAUACAACAACUAUCAAAAUCCCAUCUCUUAAUAUUAAACUUUGAAGAGUGAAAAUAGCAACUUUCCUUAAAUCAGUCAGUUGACUAUUUAAUAACUGACUAUGAAAACUAAAUUUUGAUGAUACUUUAAUUGAUAAAACAAAUUAAAUCACAAACUUCAAGUAUAUUGUCACUUCAGACACAUGUCUGUUUAGAAACCGUAACAGAGCUUCUAGACAUUUGAAGCACGGUGAAAACUUUUUGUUUGUCAGUGUUUCUUUUGUCUUAUCUGUAUCCAAAAAGGUAGACCACAGAUUUGAUCGAAAAAUUAUUGAUUAUGAUGCCUCAAAUGUCUACCAGCUCUGGGACUAUAAAAAAUACUCACACGAUAAAAAUGAUACCCACUCGCAAAAUACAAGGUUCCAGAAUAUAAGAAUACAUAUUUAUAGUAAUCUAGUGUACUUAUUUCAGUUCAUGCAAUCAAAUAUCAUAAUAAUUAACCACCAUUUUGCAUGUAUUUAGUCAAAUUUACUAAGUUAUUGAUAUUGUUGUGGUACUGUAUUUUAAGGAUUCGCUGCGUCUGGUUUUACGUCAUUCCUUGUUUGUGCUUUAAGUAAUAAAAUACAGUGUGAACUAUAUAUGCCACCGUAAAAUUGUAAAUACAGUUAGAUUAUAGUCUAUCUCGCGUGAUUGUGAACUGUCGAUAGAUUGUGAACUGCAACAUACUGCUUACAAUUUAACGUGUAGAUUGAUGAAGACCAUUGAUUUCUGAGCCACUCAUGUUCCGAUAUUUAGUAGUAUAGUAUGUUCACAAUCUCGCGAGAUAGAUUAUAAACUAACGGUGUUUACAAUUUUACGGUGACAUACAAAAUGAAAUUUUCAAAGGUCUAAAUCCAGAGGUAUAGUGAUUUUUAUGAAAUAGGCUAGAAUUUAUAACUUGAGUUAUUUUUAUUUUAAUGACAAGUGAGUUCUUGACAGCGAUUAGAGUGCCUAGUUGGAGUUUUCAAUGUUUUUAUACUGUGACGAUCGCGUAACCGUAAACGCUAAUUUCGAACAAAUUGAAACAGUUGUGCAGUAGUGCCACUAGAUGGUGCUGUUUCAAUUCUUUAGAAAUUCGCGUUUACGGUUAUGCGAUCGUAUGAAAACAUUGAAAACUCCCACUAGAGAUAUCGAUAUUAUCGCGAAAAUAUGUCCAGUGCCGGAUCAAGGGACCUUGAUGCCUUAAGCGAAAUACAAUCAACAAAUUUAAAAAUGCUAAUAGGUAGGUACAUACCUAUAAUAUGUAUCAAUUAAAAAUACGCGGAUUUUGAAAUUGCUUUAACUUUCGUGUGCUCGUUUUUUUUUUCUCUGCCGUCUCAGGUUUUUUUCUCUGCCCCCCCUAGACAGGAUGCCCUAAACAAUUGCUUCUCUCUCUGCGUCGUGACCCCUAUCACACAUUCACGACAUUUUCCCGCACGUCAAUGCGCGCCAUGCGAUUCGGCUUUUCGCGGCUUAUAGAGCUUCGUGUACUUUUGUAUCGAGAAUGCAAGCAAUUGCUUAAAUAGCUCCUAAAUUUAGGACUGAAUACAUCUUUUACUCUUACCAAGAUAACUCGUGGCGCGCAUCUUGUGCCUACUGAUGUUAAGUGACGCUGCAGUCUAAGCGAACAUACUUGGAAGUUUAUUCUACCCAUACCUCAGACGGUUUUUAUGCGGCAGCAUACCGGAACGGUAACUCUGACCCAAAGACAGAAACAUACUUUAGAUAUGCCAUGCGUAUUGAGUCACUUCUACUAACACGGUCUAUGGGAACAUCGCAUCGCUUGUCAAAAGUAUGGAUUUUAGAAACAUCAUAGUUGCAGCUCCUAUUAUUAUUAAUUACAUAGUAUAUUCACUAGGUUUUGGGUUCAAAGUAUAUUAUAUCUAUUUAGGUGUAAUUUAUGACCAAUAACCACUAUAAACUUUUAUCCGUUGUACCUCUAAUCUAUGAGUUUGAGUCGUGCAGCAGUCGAGUCAUCAACUUUGGCGAUCUUAUGCGACAAGAGGUUAUAGAUUCGAUCCCACCCGUUGGACUAUUGUACCCACUUCUGACACAAUUUUUACGAUUAAUGGCAAAUAUUGUUUUUACUAACAAAAAGAAAAGAAGAAGAAAGUAAUAUGACGUAAAAUUAGACGCAUCCUACUGUUCCCGCCAUGAUAUUAGGUACAUAAUCAUUGUUGUCAUUAUAUUUUAUGGAUGUAAUAAUAUUACAAUAUAUACAGUGAAAUGUUUAGAAAAUAAUAACCUAAAAUGCGAACCAUUUUAACGUGGUUUAUAGAUCUCUAGUUGCGAACGUAUUAUUUGUAUAUUUUGUUACGAGAGUUGUUUGUAAAUUAUUUUUUUCUGGCAUGAAAAAUACAUUCAUAUACACUAUUCUUGUGUGUGUGUGUUUAUAAAAUGUAAAAUGACGUCGUACUAAACUCAACAGUGACUGAAAAUAACAUCUUAGGCAAUAAAAAAAAUACUAUGAGUGAAUGUGUGUAAAUGCCAGGUAAGAAUAAUUUAGAUAUUCCAUGUUAGCGUGUAAUGUUCCAACUUAGCCGUAUAUUUUAAACAACAUUAUAGUUGUAUAUUCACGGGUCCGCUUUAAAAUAGAAGCUAGCUCAUAUAGGGUAUAGUCUAUACUCGUAUUUGUGAUUUGCAUAUUUAGAGAAAUAUUUUUUCAAUGAUAGUGCUCAUUUUAUAGAAUAGUUAUAUAUUUCACGCCUGUAAGGCUACCAGCAACAGGGUGGAAAUCUUGUCGUUCAAAUUGCAUUUCGUUGAUGACUGAUAUUAAAAAGAAAUUAUGUGUUUCUAGAAAGCAACGGUAUACCUAACGGUGCACUUUUAGUGAAGAUUGAAUUCAAUAUGGUGUAUGCGUGUAUGUUUUUUAUUUUUAUUUUUAAUCAAUUUCUGUUAUUACAAAAGAAUGGUAACAGCAAAACAUUAUUUUCUGCAAAAUAAACUCUUCAAAAAAGAUAUCAAACAGAUUUAGGCUUUUAUAACAACACCAUUUUAGCACGCAAUGCGAACUGGAAUAUGAUAUUGACAUUAAGUAUCAAAAUUUAUGUGUAUAUUGUGGUUAAAACUUGUUAACGUGGUUAAAUUACUUCACUUUUCGAAUAGGUCAAUAGCGAAAAUUUUACUGAUAUAUAAUUUCCCGAUAAUUUCACACAGUAUUUAAUAACUAAAAUUCAUAAUUUUCAUAAUUUUCAUUAGUAAAUGAAAAAAUAUUUUUGUUAAAACCAAUGAAGAAUACAAAGAAAAAUAUCCGGCCUUCUUUCAAAAUCACAUGCAUAUUCCAUAUUGCAAAAAGCACCAUAUCGCCUUUGAUCACCUAAUACAAUGGAUUAUUUAAUAACAAGAUAUUAUAUAAAUAGAAACGCCUAUUUUAUUCUAUUCAAAAAUAGUUGAACAUCCUUGUGCCUAGACCCUAUUAUAUUUAGUAUAUUGGGCCAAAGUAUAUUGAAUUUAGAAAAGCAUAACGAAAUCCAAGCCACAAAUAUGUCAUAUGUAUGUAGUUGUAAAUAGCACAAGCCGUCUAUAAAAUGGUUGUGCUGUAAUCGUUCCGGGCUCACUCAAUAAAAUUAUCACGUCGAUAUCAUAAUAGUAAAAAUAUUUACUAAAAACUUUAUAAAUUCUAUCACAUAGUUGCACAUAGAUAAUCAUAGUAACAUUUAUGUAAAAUACUUUAUUUCAUUUUAAUUAAAUAAACACUGUGUAUAUUUGUUUGGUCGUUAUCACAUUCAAAAUUAAUAUAUGUAGUUGAAAAUGGUAAAUGUACAAUACCAACCAGUACAUGUAUAAAUUUUCGCUUCCUAACAGUAUUUUUCUUAAAUAUGUUUACAUAAAUUAGACGGCCUCUUAAUUAUAUCAAAAAUGAAUCAAAUCAUGUGCAAGAUCUUCACAUUCUAUUCGUAAUUUAAAAUACAUUUGUCCUUCCAUUUCACAAUCUUCCAUUUUAAAUUAAUGAAAUCAAUAUCAGUUAUUUCUUCUUAAAAAUAAAACUUUUAACAAAAACCUAUUACGAAAAUAUGUAUACGAGAAAUAGCCAAUAAUAAAAGGCCAAUCAGAGGUUACCCUGAACUUAGCCCUCCGAAUAUCAGCAGAAAUGGCGCCGUAUAUUUCUAUGGUAAUUAUUAUAAUCUAUCUCCCCCAUAGGGUAUGUUAGCAAUCAAAACUAUAGUCACAAUAUUGUAAACCAUCUCGUAUAGUGUUUGGUGCUAUGAAUGCCAUCGUUUUUACGCUGUUCUUUUUUAUACCUUUUAUUUAUCAUCAAUUAAACAUUGAAGGUCGGCUUUGGUUACUAAAGUUACUGAUACAGGUGACGAUUAGUAUUUCUAAAGGUCUUGCUAUUGCCUCGAACCAAGGAGUAUCAUUUACUGCGACUUUGGUCACCUGUGUCCGCCAGUUUAGUGUUAUAUUUAUCGUAAAAAUACCAAAGGCCUUCACUAAUGCUUCAUUCAAUGUAAUUUCACUUUUUCUCUGGAAUACUCUAUGCUAAAUCAAAUAAUGAAAUGAUUUUUCCUGUUUCCACUAGUAGAGAGAAAGUGCAAUUACGAUAGAAUAAGCCCUACGGUACUGCUAUAAUUUAUUUUACCUAGGUUUAUUUUAUUUUUAGUAGUAGUUUUAGGAUAAUAUUCUUUAGGGUUUCUUUUCUUUCUAUAGGUGUAUUACUUUAUUUUUAGUACCUAAACUAGUUUUACUAUACGUUUACGUUACCAUUUUUUUUCUUACCGAAUUAUUUUUUGUAGAUUGUAGAAGAAAGUUAUUUGUUUUAUUUGGCAUACAUACCUGCCUAUUUUGAUAAAAAAUAUGCUAUCAAAACAUCGUCCAUAUGUAUGAGAUGCGUAUGAAUUCACAACAUUCGGUGCUCCUUUUACCAUAAUUUCGUGUAUUUUCACAUGGUGUCAGAGAGAUAGCGCAGUGAAGAUAAAUUAAGUUGGCGCAUUUGUUUGACGUCUAAACAGGGUUUAAAAAUUGAUGUCAAUCUUUUGUUUGAAAAAACAUUAAGUAUUUCCUAAACUCAAAAAACAAAGCUUGAAUUGAAUGCAAGAAAUUAACAAACUAAUUCGUCCAUGAAAUGAGUCCAUAUCGGUAAAGUUUCUUGACAAAUAUUUUUUGUUAAAACAAAACCGUUUACUUUAAAAAUUGCGGAUCGUAGGUACCUACUUGAAAAAUGCCAUUUCUAUGUAGUUUGACACAUAGUAUGAAAAAUAAGCCGGAAAAUAGAUUCACAAUAGCUAAACCAGCAGUGAGUGUAAUUGUUUAUAGAUUACAGAUUUACGCAACUACAUUACUCUGUAAUCUAUAAACGUGAUAACGUUACUAUACUAUACUCUAAUGACUGAAAUAACACGAAAAUGUAAACAUCUUACUACAUAGAAUAUCUCUCUACUGACGUCGACAAAAUAACUUUUUUAACGAUCAUAAAAGCUGGCACUUAAAUCAAAACAUGCAAAGGGCAGGGCUGCCGAGCACCGAAUCUUAUUCUUUUUUCUUUUACGAUUCCAUUACGUACGUUCCCUUUAAUCCCUUGCAUUAUUGUCACCGUGUAAUUGAGUACACGUUGGUUUGUCUCAGAGUUAUAUUAUUAUUGCCAUUACACUUAAAUUGUUUUUGUUGAUUUUUUAAUGGCUGUCACGAUGUGCAAAUGAACGCAGCUGUUAUUUUUUUCUGCAUCGAUACAUUCCCGCAUUGGGUUUUAAUAAAACAUUGAUAUUAUCGCCGUGGACUUUGUCUAAAACUGUUUAUUGCUAGUUUAAUAAGGUGAAUGAUAGCCAAUAACAUCUAUAAUAACGGUAUGAUAUCUUAUAAAUUGUAAACCGCAUUUUUGUAUGAUAUAUAACAACUGAGGACGAGUCUCCGUAACGUUUUUAUAACACUUUGUUUUAAAUGAAUAGGCCUUGUAAAUCGGUAAUGCGAGGUAAAACAUCUUUGUUAUUUAAAGUAACGAAAAGAAUCUUACUGAGUAAUAUCUCCUGAGAUACUCAAAAUAUAACAAACGACGCCUCUACCUAGGCAAUUGUCAUUUCAACUGUCAGCAAUCGAAUCAACAAAAUCUGUCAACAAAAAUGUUCUGCGCUGAAUUAUUAAAUAAUGAUUGUUUGUUCGUUGUAUAUGCGAUGCCCUAUAAAGAUGAGAUAAAAAGGGUGAGAACUGGAAGAAGAAAGUAUUAAUGAUGUAUUUUUCUACAAAAAUGCGGUCGAAUCAGAUUGUAAAGAUCUUUAACGUAUUCUUUAACCAAUGUAUAUCUAUUAAUUAGAUUAAAGUUAAUUUACUGUUUGCGAUAAAAUAAGUGAUGCUUGGCGCGCUUAUUGACAAAUUCUUACAGAUGUGAUACAUACCUACUAUUGACUAUUCUAAAUAAAUAAGAAAGUGUUUA